AUGGUCGGCGGGCACGAGAGCUUCGGGGCGUGGUCGCUGAAGAAAGCGCCCGCGCUGACGUGGUCCGAGGGUGAUAACUGGGUCUCCGAGGACGUCGAGCUCCCCGUGGACGGCGUGUUCGUGUACAAGUACGUCGUGACGGACGCGCAAGACGCGGGCAAGCCGGUGGCGUGGCAAAAGGGGAACAACCAAGUUUUGGUUCUCUCCGCGUCCGACGCGCCGCUGCUCAUCGUGCAAGACGACUGGAUCGGCGACCCCGCGAAGAGCUACACGUCCGCGGAGGACGGCAGCGAUAAGAUGCUGAGCGAGCAGCGACUGGUGCAGAGGAUCGGCGACGCGGACGCGGCGCUGCAUCAGUCGAGACUGGACGUGAUGGAUCUGAAGGUUGAGGUGAAAACCGCGCAGUUGCAAUCCGCGGCGUUGCGAGAGGAAGCGCGGUUAAGUAGCAACGUGCGUUUGAAGCUCAAGCAGCAGCUCAGCGCGGAGAAGAAGCGGAGCGAGGUGCUCGAGCAGCAGGUGUUCGAGUGGAAGAACAAGUUCAAGACCUUGGGCCCGGGGAAGGAGAAGAAGGAUAAGAAGGAUGAGAAGGACUCGGGCGCGACGAAGAAAAAUGCCGCGGCGGCGGCGGCGAAGGCGCCGCCGACGCCGCCGACGCCGCCGAAGGCGCCGCCGGCGCCCAAACCCGCGAGCUCGGAGGAGAAGAGCCGGUGAGUGAGCGAUGCGAUCAUCGGCGAGGCGACUUGGUGAUGAUUCGACCGCGAAAGACUCGCGGGCGCGCGUCGAGAACGUUCCCGCGCCGCGCGUCGAGUCGCGCGAAUGCAUUGCAUUAAAUACACGCUGAGGUUGGCGCUCC